AUCCCAGACUCUCAGAUCAUCUUGUUAUUUCUCACUAAGCUCAAAGAGUGUACUGGUUGGAGGGAUUGGGCUACGACAAUGCUGCGAGAUAGCCGCAUAAAUGCCUCCAACCCCGAGGACCGGAUGUCAUUCCAAGAGCUGGCGGGUCUGGCAAUGAAGCAGGAGAGACUGCGACAAUCGCCAGGAAAGGGAGGGAAAGAAAACGCAAUCUCAGAGCGAGACUUUGUUUUUCCACCGAGGAAGUCGAUGGAUCCUGAUACUUUUACUCAAGAUGACAUUAACGCCUUUGUUGUCCAACGAAUGACCCAUGAGGGGCAGAUGUACAAUCGCAGCAAAAGUGUACGAGGACACAACAAAAGGCCGAGCCAAGAAGAAAUCAACGACUAUGUGAUUGAACAGAUGCAGCGUGAGCAAGCGGAAAAGUCUCACAGCGGCCAGCAAGCGCGAGCGCGAGCACCACCGAACCCGCCCCAUCAUGAGCCAAAGCAGUGUUCAUUCUGUGGCGACAGACAUCAUCAGGUCACAAAUUGCUGGCGGCGAUGGAGGGUUGCGGUUGAGGCGCCGCAAGGCCAAUUUGUGCCGAGGCGUGUUGAAUACAAGUUCCAGAUACCGGGCCAACCACCUAUGUACCGCUCCGGUUUCACACUCUUCUAA